AUGACGGUUUCGUAUCAGUACGAGGUCGCAAGCUCGACGAGCGGUGGAUUCACCAGGCUUCUUUUUAUGUGGCGGGGAUCUCUUUACAAAUUAAUUUAUCGAGAGUUAUUACUCUUUUUAGUUGUCUUCGGCAUUAUUUCUGUUAUUUAUAGACAUGCUUUAACCACACCUCAUAAAAGAGCCUUCGAGAGAAUCGUUAUUUAUUGUGAUACAUUCGUUAGUCUUAUACCGCUGAGUUUCGUCCUGGGAUUUUAUGUUGCUUAUGUUGCUGGACGAUGGUGGCAACAAUAUAUGGCUAUUCCUUGGCCUGAUAAGGUGAUGCACUUAGUAGCAUUAUACGUGACAGGCAACGAUGAAUACGGGCGUAUGUUACGUAGGUCAUUGAUGCGAUACCUCAACCUGUCAUUGAUCCUAGUGUUACGAUCUAUAAGUUCAGCAGUGAAGCGCCGGUUCCCGACUCUAGAUCAUGUCGUCGACUCAGGUUUCAUGACUGCCCUUGAACUAGAGCUCUUUCAGUCAGUGCCGAGUCUGGAAUUCAACACUUACUGGAUUCCCUGCACGUGGUUCAUAAACCUGCUGAAAGAAUCGCGUCGGACUCACAGACUGCCGGACCCGCAGGGUCUCAAGAUAAUAAUGGAGGAGUUCAACGAGUUCAGAUCUAAAUGCGGGCUGCUCUGGAGCUACGACUGGGUCUCUAUACCUCUAGUUUACACCCAGGUAGUGACUCUCGCGACCUAUAGUUUCUUCGUAGUGGCUCUAGUCGGUCGCCAGUACAUCGAAGGCUCUAAGAAGCCUUUUCAAAUGGCCCUGGAUGCUUACUUGCCUAUUUUUACCAUCCUACAAUUUUUUUUCUACAUGGGCUUGCUGAAAGUGGCUGAACAGUUGAUAAAUCCUUUUGGCGAUGAUGAUGAAGACUUUGAGCUAAACUGGCUGAUUGACCGUCAUACAAAAGUGUCUUACUUGGGAGUUGAUACUCUGAUGAACCGGUGCCCGCCUCUUGUUAAAGAUUUUUAUUUUGACUCGGAAAAUAUUGUUUUGCCUUACACUGAAGCCGCCGCUGCUUAUAAGCGUAAAACUUAUCGUGGAAGUGUUGCCAAUAUGACAGUACCUGAAGAGAAGCAGACAAUGUUUUUACCGGAUAUUAUCGAAGAAGAAGAUGAAACUUCCCAUCCCGCGACACCUAAAACAUCAUCCAUCAUUGGGUCACCUUCAGCGACUCCAAAGAAGACUGAAAGCACUACCGAAACAAUUAUUCAGCUGGAUAAUCCAGAACCCGUAGAGUCUCUGGCAUCAGAGCUGUCAAUCGAUCGGAGCCAGCAUACUCCAGGGGCGGUGAAAAGAAAUUCCCGGUCGCUCCAGUGGCUGGAGCUAAACCGAAAGCGGUUCAUUCCUUUAGCAAAGCUGAGCCGGGUGAGCGUCCAGCCCUGGCCCAGUGCAACGAAUCUCCAAGAAAGUACUUUGUCUUACGAAACACCCAAGUCUUCGUCGCUCCAGAGUCCUCCGCCUUCCAUUAGCGUCAGUUGUGGCUCUGACGAGCCUAAUGACGACCUCCAAGGGUUCUUCAACUCGGCGUUCUCCCAAGAACAUCUUCCAGACACCGACAAAUCUUUAAAGCAGCAAGCUUCCGAGGAGUCUAACUCUGCAGUCGCUUCAAAAUCCAAAAAAUCACGGACAAGAUUUUUGGUCAGACGACAAAGCUCGGUCAGCAGCAGCAAGAAGAGAAAAAUAUUCCGGUGGAAGCGUCCGUUGGAUUCAACCCAAUCCAGGCGCAAAACUACUGACUGCGUGCCCUCACCUGCUGAUAUUAUUCCUCAGACCAGUAGUUCACCAGAUUUGGAGAGUUUUACAGCUAUUGAUGUUAUUAUUCCGCCUCGAGCGGCUUCUGAAGACAGGGACCACGCAUUAGAUCUUUUUACUAAAGAUUAA